AUGUCUGCUACAAUUGCAAUUAAUUCAAUUAAUAUUCAUUAUAGUCACGGAGACCAUAAUACAAAUUUAAUUAAUUCGGUUAGAAGUGAACCUCCAGCUUAUUCUGAAGAUGAUAACGAUAAAGAAAUUAAUACCACAUCAACUUCGGAUGAUGUUUCAAUUCCAACAUCCGCACUCCUUUCUCCAAAUUCUUCUUCACAUCAAGAAUUACCAACAAAUCAAUCAUCAGAAUCCCUUCCAUCUUAUGAUCAUGUAAAGAUUGAUGUGCCACCUUCUUAUCCAGCCGAAAAUACAACAAAUUUAAAAUUAGGUUCUUUUUAUGAUUUGGUUCCAAUUGAACCUCAAAAUCCCUGGCCCAUCACUAAAAAAUUUUAUAUUUUUGGUUAUUUAUUAUGGCCUUUAUGGUAUAUUGGUAUUCUUUUUAGUUUUUUUGGAAAAGACCAGGAAACCAAACGAUGGGGAAGAAGAUGUAUUUUUAAUUCAGUUAUUGUUAGCCUUGUACUUGUUUAUCUCAUUGUUGCUUCUAAAAGUUUUGCAAAAUGA